GCCAUUUGUCUAUGGCAGGCAGGGUGGCUGCCUUAGCUGCCGGAGGUUCCGCACUCUCUAAGGCCCUGGGUGAAGCCCCACCUCUGCUGCGCGCAGCCUGCGGUGCGGGUCAUGGCGCGGCUACCGAAGCUGGCAGUCUUUGAUUUGGAUUACACUCUCUGGCCUUUCUGGGUCGACACACACGUAGACCCUCCGUUCCAUAAGAGCAGUGAUGGAACUGUACGAGAUAGGCGGGGCCAAGACGUCCGACUGUACCCAGAGGUGCCUGAGGUCCUAAAACGAUUGCAGAGCCUUGGGGUGCCCGGUGCGGCUGCUUCAAGGACAAGUGAGAUAGAAGGGGCCAACCAGCUACUGGAGCUCUUUGACCUCUUCAGGUACUUUGUUCAUCGGGAAAUCUAUCCAGGCAGCAAGAUCACACACUUUGAGAGGUUGCAGCAGAAGACUGGAAUUCCUUUCUCCCAGAUGAUCUUCUUUGAUGAUGAGAGGCGGAAUAUUGUAGAUGUCAGCAAACUGGGUGUUACCUGCAUUCACAUCCAGAAUGGAAUGAAUCUUCAAACUCUAAGUCAAGGGUUAGAGACAUUUGCGAAGGCCCAAACUGGGCCUUGAGGUCCAGCCUUGAGGAGAGCCCAUUUGAGGCCUAAACUGAAAGGAAAUCAAGAAGGCAUUUUCAGGGAAGAAGGAGAAAGGGCCAACCCCUGAAGAAGCCAUACAGAAACUGAAGGAGACAGAGAAGAUACUGAUCAAGAAACAGGAAUUUUUGGAGCAGAAGAUUCAACAGGAGC